AUGGAGUAUGCUGCGGUCGAGAUUGGCCCUUCCGGGUCGCUCUUAUACCGAAAAUUCCUCCUGAACGGGGCGCGACUCGCUGUCCCGCCGCCAAACCCGUCGCCGGGUAACAGCGCUUCGGCAGCGCCGCCAUUUGCCGCGCCGCAGACUCCCAAGGGUAGUUCGAAGUCGAAGUUCGGGAGGUUCGCUUCUCCGCUUUCGCCGCGGCCAUCGCCGCCACCGGCGGCAGCAGCAGCGGCGCAAGACCUCGUCGUCGUCCCCCUUUCCCCAUGGCACCAGGUCCCGCUGCGCCUCUCCUCCUCCGCCGCCGCCGAUGCUGCCAAUGCCGCCACUUUGACGACGGCGCAAAGAGGGUUCGAUAGAAGUCAAGAUGGUAAAACGCCGAGAAUAGACAAAAGUAUCUUGAAUUCAGCAAGAGUUACUCUCUUCCCCGCGCUUCGCGCAGCAGCGGACGCAGGCGGCUCCGCGGUUUUGAAUAGCUCCUCCGCCGCCUCCUCCGCUGCUUCCGCACCACCCGCGGAUGACGGCGGCGAUUUUUUCCGCAUGGUUUGCGCCGUUCCGCGCGGCACGUGGGCGCAGGUGGAGCUGGCGGUGGCGGAGCCUCCGCAUCAUCCGCUGCGAAUCCGCGUGAGGAGGGAGAAGGGGGAGGAGGAGGGGGAGGAGAAGGAGAAGGAGGAGGAGGAGGAGGAGGAGGAGGAGGAGGAGGAGGAGGAGGAGGAGGAGGAGGAGGAGGAGGAGGAGGAGGAGGAGGAGGAGGAGGAGGAGGAGGAGGAGGAGGGAGGAGAAGGGGAGGAGAGGGGGAGAGGGGGUGGAUUUCCUUUUAAAUUGCGGGGCAGUGGGAAGGAGGGAAAGGAGGGAAAGGAGGGAAAGGAGGAAACGGAAGAGAAGGAGGAGGAGGAGAGAAAGGGGAACAGGGAGGGGGAGGAGGAGAGGAUGGAGGAGGAGCGAGGGAGGAGUGGAAGGAGAGAGGGAGACGAAAAGGUGAUGCGGAUUGUCAAAAGUAACUCUAGUGGUGAGGAGAAAGCGAAGAAAGGGAUGCUACGGAAGCUGUUUAAAAAGGGGACAAAACGAUUUGAUAAAUCCUUUGGUGAUAGUGAUGGGGAUAGUGAUAAGGUUGACAGUGGUGAGUAUGAGGAGGAGUGCUCAUAUAGCGAGGAGGAAGUGAGGGAGGAGGGAGUGGGAGCGGAGGGAGUGAGAGGGGAGAAGGAUGAGAGGAAUAUGAACCAGCUGAUUCCCCCUUAUCUCGCCUCUCCUCCCCUCUCUCUUCCCCUCUCGCCUCCCCUCUCGAUUCCCCUCUCUCCUCCCCUCUCGGCUCCUCCCUCCUUUCCACUCUUCCCCAUUCCACUUGCUUUCGACCGGGUGCUCUCUCCCCUCCAUCCCCUCCCGUUGCCAAGGCUGAUAGCAGCAGCAUUCCCGUUAGUAGCACACUCAAUAGCGGCAGUGUAA